CUCACACCUUACUCACGCAACGCGAUGCCGCCCAAAUCCGCGACCGCACGAAAGACGAAUCCGAAGAAGAACCGCCUAACACGUUCAGUCUCAUUCGCAACAACAGCGCAUGAAUUUCCGCUAGCCUCCCUCGUCUACCCGCUGCGAUCGAAUGCCUCGCAAUGGCUGAUCGUGCCCGUGGUGUUGAUGGUCGCGUUUCUAUUCCGCUGGGCGGUGGGGUUGGGGCCUUAUUCUGGAAUGAAGGCACCGCCAAUGCAUGGCGAUUUCGAGGCGCAGAGACAUUGGAUGGAGGUUACAACGCAGCUGCCGGUGAAGGUGUGGUAUUGGCAUGAUCUGGACUGGUGGGGCCUCGACUACCCGCCGUUGACGGCGUACCAUAGCUGGCUUGUGGGCGUGAUUGGUAACCGCAUCGAUCCGAACUGGUUCGCACUCCACAAAUCCCGCGGACUCGAUGACGAGCACCUCAAAACAUUCAUGCGGGCCACCGUCGCGGUGUCAGAAUACCUUACCUACGUCCCAGGCGUCGUAAUCUUCGUGCGCAACUACGGCAAGCAAAUGAGCACGUACGACCGGUCCAUCGCGCUGGCAGCUAUCCUGAUGCAGCCCGCGCUGAUGCUGAUCGACCACGGCCACUUCCAAUACAACGCCGUCAUGUUGGGCUUCACGAUCCUCGCAGUCGACUGCUUCAUCACUGGCCAUGUCCUCUGGGGGUCAUUCUUCUUCGUUCUCUCGCUGUGCUUCAAGCAGAUGGCGCUGUACUAUGCGCCGGUGGUGUUUGCAUACCUCCUGGGAGUAUGUGUUUUCCCGAGGAUUGAUAUUCGUCGGCUGUUCUUCAUUGGAGCGGUGACGGUUGCGACCUUUGCGUUGAUGUUUGCGCCACUGGUCGUGUCUGGCGGCUUCGAGCAGCUGGGCCAAUGUCUCUUCCGCGUGUUUCCCUUUGCGCGCGGGCUGUGGGAAGACAAAGUUGCCAACUUCUGGUGCGCUACGAACGUGGUGGUAAAGUACAAGGAGCUAUUCGCGUCUACCACGCUUCAGCGAGUCAGUCUCCUGAUGACACUGGUGGGAAUUCUGCCGCCAUGCAUAAUAAUCUUCCUGUACCCGAGGAAACAGCUUCUCCCGCUGGGUCUCUCCGCCUGUGCCUGGAGCUUUUUCAUGUUCUCAUUUCAGGUGCACGAGAAGAGCGUCUUACUCCCGCUCAUGCCGGCCACCCUCCUGCUCGCCGGGUCAUUGGGCGAAGACACCGUUUCCUGGGUUACGUGGAUGAACAACGUAGCUAUAUUUAGCAUGUGGCCUCUUCUGCGCCGCGACGGACUCGCACUGCAGUACACAGUCAUGACGCUCUUCUCCGCGUGGUUGAUGGGAACCUUUCACUGCCUACCGAAGCACUGGUUCGCGAAGCUUACGCAUAUUGGCUCGUACGCGGCUAUCAUUGCGCUCCAUGCAGCGGAGCUCGUGGUUGGAAAGGUAGAGCGGCUUCCGGAUCUAUGGGUCGUCGGAAAUGUCGUCGUGUGCUUCGGCUGCUUCACCAUCGCCUGGGCAUGGCUGCUGAACCGGCUGUGGACAGAGUCGCAGGAGAAGUCGAAGACCGAAUAGUUGUGUGUGUGUGUGUGUUUUGGGGCGAGAUACAUGUGAUAUGGUGG